AUGAAGGUCUUCGCCAUCGUCUCCGCCAUCAUGGCCGCUUCCGCCUCGGUCGCCCUCGCCGCCCCCGUUUCGGAGCCCCUCGCCGCCGUCGCCGAGAAGCGCGAGACCAACCUCGGCGGCCUGCCCCUCGCCGGCAUGAUCCCCGGCGGCGCCAACAACCCCCUCGUCAACGUCGUUCAGCAGGCCCUCGCCGCUGGCUUCGCCGCCGGCGACAUCAUCCUCAACGCCGGCCCCUCCCUGCUCACCGACCCCACCAAGGCCACCGAGAUCAUCACCAACAUGAUGAAGCAGGGUGCCGGCACCGUCGGCAACAUCGUCACCGGCAGCGCUUAG